GAAAUAACUUAUAAUUUACUGGUUUUAGAUAGACUAUGGAUAAGCUAUUUCUCACGAUUCAAAGGGCGUACUACACGCCCAUAAUUUACUUGCGUCGUGCGGCGCGUGCCACUCACACGAGUCCAUUAUGCAUUGCGCGUGUGCGAACGCCGCUCAUUUAGGUAGGUUUACAAUGCAACCGUGCUGAUUAAAUAAGCAGUCACACGACCGUACAAGCUUCCAUUACGCUAGGAUGGGUCUAGUAUGAUCCCUGGCAUAUUGUCCACAUCUUAACCGAAAGUGUCGUCCAAUUAGAAACAAAACACAUGAUACCAUGAUACCAGCAUGCGAUAGCCAGCCUUCCCAUAUAAAGGAAAUUAUCUCUUUGAAAUUUUAUUUUAAUUUGCACUAGGUUCGAUCAUUGUUCACGCGAAAAUCACUGGAAAUAAUGAACUAGGAAAGAGAGAGAGAAUAAGAUAUAUUAAAUCAUCAAGCCAAAUUAAGACUUUUUCAAGAUUAUUCAAUCUGUUAAAAGUAUUCCACAAAAGUUUAUUAAAAAGAUACUGCGGAGGCUUGGGAAAAGUGGAAAACCAAAAAGAGACGUCGAUGGUGACAAGAGAAAUGAGCGAAGAAAUGCCGGAGAAGCAGGAACAGACGUCACAUAAAGUCAUCGAGAAACGUCGAAGAGACAGGAUAAACAAUUGCCUUGCGGAACUGAGCCAAACUGUCCCCGCGGCAUUCGCAAAACAGUCUUCGGGAAAACUAGAAAAGGCUGAAAUUCUUGAGAUGACAGUCGAAUACUUAAGAGCAAUACAGUCUACCGAGAUUGGGACCAGAUUCGAAAAUGGUGAUUGGUAUAGUUCAGACGUGUGGACGGAUUUCAUGCAUCACUACCAAACUGGAUACAGUGAUUGCAUGCGGCAAAUCAUUAACUACAUGUCUGAUGUUGAAGGUAUCGAUGUUAACAAUACACGAUGCGUGCGCAUCGUCAGUUACCUACGGACCCGUUUCCGACCAGAUGCGUCGGUUAGUGGCGGUAAUAUGUAUCGCAACAAAAAAGGCAGUCCAGUAACAAGCACACCGGCUCUAUCCACCACCCAAACAGUAACUGACCAUCCCUCUAGUGUCACAAGCACCGUUAGUCUUCUACAUAAUGAGUCACAUGUGCCACCGCCCACUGGGAGGCUUCCGUAUGCCGGAACCACUGUUGCGACUUCUCGUCAACCAAUAAGAUUUUCACCUUACUCCGUAUCACGUGCGCAAUCUCAGACAGUGGCGCCACAUAUCGUCGUUCCAAGGAUGUCACAACCCCACACCAAACUCCCCCAGCUACUACCUGAGAUAGUGUCACCCAUAACCCCCGGUGGAUAUGGUUUAGGGACAACGCCAUUAGGGGGACCCCACCCUUUAAUGAAACCAGGCUUAUUCCCAGACAGUCUUUCAAAUUAUGAACAUGGAUCAUCUAGACUUCCGAGUGGAAAUACAAAGGAAAUGCACAUUUCUGCAUUCAGCAGACCUUUGGGCAUGCAUCGGUAGCACCCUUGGUCCAAGGGUAUUCCAAUUCUUUCCAUAACUGCUAAGCAGUAAAGCCACCCGAUCUUGAAGGAUGAUCGGUUCCAACAUUAGGGAGUUUAAGCUUGCAAUGUUUUUCACAACCUAAACGCGAACGGAAAAUUUUGAAGCA